GAAAUUAUUAUUAUUGUCUUAUUGCAAAAUGAGGCUCUAAAAAACUAAAAUCGAUAAAUGAAAUAGUGGACAAGCGAGUGCACCGUAUAUUUGGGCAGAAAACGGAGGACACUACACCAUCUCCGUCGGCCGAAGACCCUGCGCCUAAAUUUCUCGCAGAUCGUUUCGCUGUUCAAUUGUCCAUCAGUUUCCCGCUUGUUCAUUUGAUCUUAUUUUAGGGUUUAGUAAUUGAUUUUAAUUAUUAAAAUCAAUAUUUUCAAGAAAAUGGAGGGCCUAUUAGCGGCAAUACUGAUGAUGAUCGUGGUUUUCUCUUUGAUUCCGCUCUAUUUGUGGAGACGUCGGCUCGAUUCUCGCCUUCCCCACCAACAUGAAGAAGAGGCGCAGGAUGUACAGGGGGAGCGAGUGGUUAGGGCUGGUAAUAAUGGGCGAAUGCGGCGAAGAACUGCCGCUUCUUCUGCCAGCACAUCGUCAGCUGCCGCUAAUGUCGAAGAAACUGUUGAUGGAAGUGAUGAUGAAGACGGAGCAGACGGGAAUUAUAGGGCUAAAGCUUCGACAAAAAAGGAGAAGAAACGGCAAGAGCGAGAAGCACAACGCCAGGCUGAAGAUGCUGCACGUGACUCAAGGAGAACAAAACAAGAUCAUUAUGAUGAGAUGAGGAGGAGGAAGGAUGAGGAGCGAGAAGCUCAUGAAAGAAUGCUGGAAGAAGAAGCAAAGGCACGAAAAGCAAAGGAGGAAGAAGCUGCUGCAUUGGAGUUUGAAAAAUGGAAAGGAGCAUUUUCUGUUGAUGCUGAAGGAACAACCGAAAAUGAAGUACAAGACGGAAGCCAAGGAUUGCUCUUUGAUUUUGUGGAGUACAUCAAGAAGCAUAAAUGUGUUCCUCUGGAAGAUAUUGCUGCAGAGUUUAAGUUGCGAACUCAGGACUGUAUCAAUCGCAUCAACUCUCUAGAAACUAUGGGAAGACUAUCAGGUGUAAUGGAUGACAGAGGAAAAUACAUAUACAUCUCACUGGAAGAAAUGAAAGCUGUUGCUGAUUACAUCAGGCGUGAAGGUAGGGUUAGCAUAUCCCACCUUGCUAGCAAGUCCAACCAAUUUAUAGAUUUAGAACCAAAAUCGGAGGUAGUGGAAGAUAUAAGCAGCAUAGAGGAGAUAACUUUUGCUUGAUCUUGUCUCUUGUUAACACAAAUGUGUAUGAACAAACUAAUACUACUAGCUUUUUAAAUGAAGUUGGGAAGAGCGUACUUUGUCAGGGCUAACAUGGUUACCUUAAUGUGUACAUGUGUAAUAGCUUUUUAAUGAAGUCGGAAUCUACAUGAAUUGAGUGAUGA